AUGGCUCUCCAAGAAGAAGGAAGUGAUGAGACUGAGAGUGAAGAGGAAGGAGAAGAGGUGAAUCAGUUGGUUGAAGAGAGUGAGCAAGAUCAAAAGUUUGGAGAAGAAGGUUUCUGGUUCUUCAAGCAAGAAGAAGAAGGCUCCAUGAGCCACAUUCCUAGGAGUAGAUCCUCCUCACCACUCCAAGGAGGCUCCCUGCCCAAGAGCCUCACAGAGCCUCUUCUUUCGAGCCAAGGGAAGGAGAAGACAACUCACAGAGAAGGAGGAAGAGCCUAA